GUACCACCCACGGGCACAAAACGGGAGAAACGAGGUGCGACCGCGGUCUGGUCCUGGUCAACGGGCACGCAGUAGCCUCGAAUCGAGUGAGCGAGCGAGUCGAAAAAAUUAGUGGCCAGGUUUUUUCAAGCUGAAUAUCUGGGAGGGAAAAGAUUCGCGGUAAAACCAAAAUCGAAGGAGCGAAGAAAAUUGAUUGAAGGGGGAUGAGUCGUCGUCGGGGGGCGGAGGUUGACAGUCAACCGGGAGACUCGGAACUCGGAACAUCAAUAACAACUGGAAAAGUGUGCAUAAUAUAGGGCGCGCGUAAUAAUGUUUCGAGUUUGCGAACAAUUCGGUCGUCGCAAUCGUUCAACAAGGUGCGAAUCGCAAGAGCCGGCGGCGGUUGACAAUGAGGAAGAGCAGGAAGAAGAGGAGAAUGUUGACAAUCGUGAUGAAAAGUAUAAUUAUUAUUAUCGUCGGUAGUGAUAAUAAUGUGCGGGUUGAAACAAGUGCCGGAAGGUACGAGAACGCUUGUUCGGACGUACGAUCCGAGUAAAGCGAUCUCCGGCGAAACGUGACACGUACUACGAGAGAACAACAAGAGCGUUUCGUGUCUCGCAUCAGGUGUCAGAAGUGCGCGUCGAUUAGUCGAACACGAGGGAGAGAGUGAAAAACGACAAGAAAAAAAGGGGUAAGAAAUUGUCGGAAGCAUGUGGAGAAGGCUUUCGGCUCGGGGAUUGUUGACGCUCAUCGGGACCGUGACUCUUCUCGAUGGAGGAGGCGGCGCCGCCAGCCUUCUCGAUCGUCCGACGACCUCCUCGGCCACGACGACGAUGACGACGACCAGGCUCAUUGAAAACGGAUGCCAACUCCAUUGUCUCGGCACCGAUUCCCGCGCUAUUCUCAUCUGUCGAUCUAUCGGUCUUGACUCCGUCCAACGAUCUAUUGACUCUCCGUCGCUCCUUCCUUACAUCUCCAAUCUCACUAAACUCGACUUGACGAGCAACAACAUCACGCGCAUUCCCGCCCACGCCUUUCAACGCUUGGCCAAUCUCGAAAUUCUAUUGCUGCGACGGAAUCGUCUGAGUCGGAUCGAUCCUGGGGGGUUCGCCGGUUUAGCAAGCUUGCGGAUUUUGGAAUUGGACGACAACGAUUUGCUGGAUAUUCCCGAAGCUCUCGGGGGCCUGAAAAGCUUGGAGGAUCUAUCGAUAUCGAACAAUGGGAUAACGAGGCUGAGGGAGGAUGCUUUCGGUGCUUGUGGAAACCUCGCUUCGCUGGAUCUCCGAGGCAACCCUAUGAAGGAGACGAGCGAGGGGACUUUUCGGAAUUGCCGGAAACUUCGAAAGCUGAUCCUCUCGGACGUAAAAGGCCUUACGGCGUUUCCGAAUCUCAACGGCACCGAGUCCCUCGAACUGCUCAGACUCGACCGAUCUUCCCUUUUUCGAGUCCCGGACGAUCUCUGUCGACGCUGCCCGAAAAUCAAGAGUCUAGACAUCAAGUCGAACCGCUUGACGAGCGUGCCCAAUCUUCGAGAAUGCACGAAUCUCCGGGUCCUAGAUCUGGCGAGUAACAGAAUCACUUCCCUUACGGGCCAGCCCUUUGCCAAUCUUCGGUCUCUCCAUGAUCUCCUGCUCUCGAACAACGAGCUUCGAACGAUCCCGCGUGACGCCUUCGUCGGACUCUCCCGUCUUCAAAUAUUAGAUUUGGAAAACAACGGAAUCGAGGAGAUCGAUCCGGAGGCCUUUCGGGAAUUUCGGAGAUUGGAGGAUCUGAAUCUCGGUAACAACGUUUUUCCGACGCUUCCGGUGCACGGGCUUUCGGGACUUUUGCACUUGAAAACUUUCAACAACCCGGCAUUGCGGGAAUUUCCACCCCCGGAGCGCUUUCCAAGAGUGCGGACGAUGCUCCUCUCGUACGCCUAUCACUGCUGCUCUUUCAUUCUCGAAGAGUCGCAGGAGAGCGGCCAGGUUGACGGAGACGCUGACGUCGUUCGAGUCCCCGUUCGGGAAUCGGUCCUUUUUCCAACUGACAACGAAUUCGACAUGAAUCUUUGGAACUCUAGUCUUACCGACAUUUGGCCUCAAUUGCACAAUUUGAGCACCAAAUUCGGCUCACAGAUAAAUGAACUUUGGGACAACUUUGGUUCAGAUUUUACCUAUCCCGGUAACCUGCCGUCCUACGUCGACGAUUAUUUCGAGGAUGAAGAAGGCCCGGCUCGCCCUGGCUCCCCAACCGGUCCCGCAGUCAAGCCGAAUUCACCUGUACACUGUCUGCCGCAGCCGGGACCGUUUUUGCCUUGCCAGGAUUUGUUCGACUGGUGGACUCUCAGAUGCGGAGUUUGGGUAGUAUUCCUUCUGGCAAUGCUCGGCAAUGGUACAGUCGUUUUCGUGAUAGUGUUCGCUCGGAGUAAAAUGGACGUGCCGAGAUUCCUGGUGUGCAAUUUGGCAGCUGCAGACUUUUUCAUGGGCAUUUAUCUGGGCCUUUUGGCGGUCGUGGACGCUUCGACCCUGGGCGAAUUUCGAAAAUACGCGAUACCUUGGCAGAUGUCAGCGGGCUGUCAGCUCGCUGGGUUUCUUGGAGUGCUCAGUUCGGAGCUGAGCGUUUACACUUUGGCGGUGAUCACGUUGGAGAGGAAUUACGCGAUAACACACGCGAUGCACCUGAACAAGAGACUCUCGUUGAAGCACGCUGGUUACAUAAUGAGUAUUGGUUGGAUAUUCGCGCUUACGAUGGCGACGUUGCCGCUUUUGGGAGCCUCGGAUUAUCGAAAAUUCGCGAUAUGUCUUCCGUUCGAGACGAGUGGUUCGGCCUCCCUCGGCUACGUGGUUUUCCUGAUGCUAAUCAACGGGGUAGCUUUUCUCAUAUUGAUGGGUUGUUAUUUGAAGAUGUACUGCGCGAUUCGCGGCUCCCAGGCUUGGAACUCGAACGAUUCUCGGAUCGCAAAGCGCAUGGCGCUCCUCGUCUUCACCGAUUUCUUGUGCUGGUCGCCGAUCGCCUUUUUUUCUCUAACCGCGACGUUCGGUUUACAGUUAGUUUCCCUCGAGCAGGCGAAAGUCUUCGCCGUAUUCGUACUUCCCUUGAACUCUUGCUGCAACCCCUUCCUCUACGCCAUACUGACGAAGCAGUUCAAGAAAGAUUGCGUGCUCAUUUGCAAGGCGAUCGAGGAGUCCCGUGUGACUCGGGGCAUCGGAAGAUGCAGGCACAGCUCAAAUUUCAGUAAUCGCCAAACCCCGGCCAAUACGAAUAGCCUGGUGGAUCGGUCGUCCCGCGAUAACAACAACCCCCCGGUGACGAGCGGCGGGUGCGAGGCUGCCGCUGGCGGCGAUCAGCUCAUCGGUUGCACGUGCAACGCCCGGCUCGUCGAGAGCAACGAGAUUCCCAGACGCGCUACCCGACAACAAACGCGUCCCGGGGACGGGGAACAGCAUCGGCAUCUCCGAGGGGGUCUCGUCGUCGAUUGGUGGCGCAGCGCCGGAGGCGGUUGGUGUCCCUGCUGCGUCGGAGAACGUCGAGGACCCCGGCACGAGCGUAACGAUCAAUACGCAUACAGAAUCGCCGAGAUUCAGCAGAAGCAGCACAAAAGAGCAUCCUCCGUAUCUUCGAGCGACAACUUUUCCUCCUCGCGAUCGGACUCCUGGCGCCAUCAAGCCCGACACCACUGCGGAAUUCCUCUCAGGCUUCUCGACCCGAAAAGACGCGCUUCCUCUUGGCUCGUCACCAGAAAACCUUCCCAAGACUCGAAUCUCAGCUCCUCGAGGAACGACUCCUCGGGCUCCGCCACCACCGCCAGCACCAGCACCUGGAGGAUCUCCAGGUCCAGUGCUUCCCUCGACGCUAAUGCCGCAGCCGCAGCCGCGGUCGCCAGACCUUUGAGGCCCAAGCCUCGACUCACGAGACAACUCGCCAUUCAAGACGAACCCGAACUCGCCCUUCCUGGCUCUCCCUCCAGACUAGCCGUCAGACUUCUCGCCACUAUACCCUCCGCCACGGAGAUGAGCGACCAACAAGACGACGACUCCCUUCUCCUCGGACCUUCCGUCUCCCCGCCCCCGCCCCCGCCGCCCUUACCGGCUCACCCUUCAGCGCCUCCUUCUUAAGACGCAAUCUACAAGGAACGCACAGUGUUUUCCGUGCGCUGACUGCCCGCGUCCUCGAACCCUCACCACGUUAGUAUUCUCAUGAACAAUCGCAAGACUGAUGACCCCGCUCCCAAUCGAUUUUUCGAUGCAGCACAUUACGCGGAAACUCGAAACUACUCGGAAUUUUCUGUCGUCUACGUUUCCGAACAAUUUAUUAUUUUCAAUGCAUUUUGACCUUGGACUCUCCCAACGGAAGAGGAAACGACCCGAGCUAUUUCAGUGGAAACAUUUUUUCGCUUUUCCUCCGAACUUUCAUUUCGUUUUAUGGAGUUUUUAUGAUGAAACCUCGAUCCAUGUGACUUUAUCGUUCGUCAUUCUCUUCGUUGAUGCCGAGAAGAUAUCCACCGUUUUUUUGAGUUCGUUGCAGAGUUCACGUUCGCAAAAAUAUAUCGCAGGGGUCCAGGGUCAAUGUGUUACGAGGCUUUUGUCUCCGGAGUUUUUAUUUAUCAAGUUAGUUGGGAAAAUUGUAUCGGAAGAAUGCGCGAUUGGAACGCACCGAUAACUGCCGAAAAUAGUCGAAGUAGUUUACGACCUCGUUAUAAAGUUCUCGGUGGAUUAAAAGCAACUUUGACGAGACUAAUGCGAAGAGCAACGAAAAUUGUUCGCUCCGGUUUAGCAAAUUUCGAAACGACUGCGAAAUGUCGAUUUCACAGAGCAAUUUGUUUUUAUUCUAACGAUCGUUGAUCCACCGAGAUUUUAUAUGAAAAUGUCACAAUUUUACCAUGAUACAGCGCCGUUAUCAACGAAUCAAAAGUUUUAACAUUCGCGUACCCUCCCCCAGCGUAUCGUGAGCAUUCCAAAAUACAAAAAUAAUCCAGUACACUCGAGAGUGUACGGAAUUUUCGGAGGAAGAAAGGCAACGCGGAUUUUUUCGCCAUUCGAUUCCAUCUUUUUUGCCAGUUUACCGCUGCCUCUUGUACAAACACUAAAAAACAAAAUAACGUCACUAGUUGCGCACGUGCGCAAGAAUCUGCUAAAAUCUUCUAUAGAUCUCUAUAUUCAACAUAUACUGUAAUGAGAUAAUUGUUCAAAGUUAUAUAUAUAUUUUCAUUACUCGAAUCAACGACGCGAAACUACUGCCAACUAAUAUAGCGAUAUUUCAAUGUAUAAAUAUUUAAAUAGAUGACGUAGCGUACUAAAAGUUUAAACGACUCUCGCAUUGGGUACAAAAUCGUAUAACUUUCACAUUGCGAUCGAUUUAUUUGACUGUUUUUAGGCGCACGAGAAAUUCUCUCAAUUCCCUUCAUCGAACGAAAUGUAUUGAAAUUUAUUGUUUCACAUUGUCGCGAGGCUGUCGUUGUCAUAGCUUGCUAAGUAAAACUGAAGGAAAGCGAAACUGGAAAAUUGAGUGGAACUCGAAAGCUGCAAGUGAUUUUAUUUCCACUAGCACAAUUCAUUGAGUAACGAUUGAACAAAAAUGUAAUUCAUUUAUCCAUUGAAUUUCGUUUGUUUCGAGCCACAACUCCAAUUUUCCCCUUCCGUUUGCCACAGUGUCGCGAAAGCGGGAUAACGCAAUUCCCAGAAAGUUUUCUCCGGGGACUUUCUUUCGAGUAUUUAUCCACAAAUUCAUCGCAGGGGAUAAGAGAAAGCUCGUGCAGACUGCAUUUUUUGCGUACACCCUGCGCCACUCUUCGAACAUAUAAAUAUACAUAAAUAAUAUACACUUUGUGCAAUAGAUGAUUUUUAAUAUAUUUACAAGAAUGGCAUGUGCGUAAAAUAGUAUAUAAACACGUCGAUAAAAACAGUGCGAAAUAUUUAUUAUAUUUAUUGAAAAAAUGGACGAAGCGCGAUAACAGUUUGAAAUCGCCCGAUAUCGCAUUAUCGUAAAUCUAUAAGUUCUGUUAUACAUAUACACCUAACAGACUGGAUCCAUGACAAUGUUUUCAUUACAUCGAGCCCGCGGAUGCGCGUAGCGCACAGUUUUUUUACACAAUUUAUUGCUCCUGUCUCCAUAUUUACGCGCGUUAUUUAUCUCUACGUACGAUUUUUUAUAGAGAUUUAUAUAAACAUGUAGAAUCGACCCGUGUCCAGCAGCAAAACAUGUGUGUAUAUAAAUAUAUGAACGAUAUUAUUCCGCGUACACUGGGUGAAGGUGACCUGACGAUGUUUCAUCGCUGCAGUCGCUUUUAAGAGAUGAAAUAUGUUGCAGAUUAAAAAGUUUUCAUUUUUUUCCUAACGCGUCAUCGAACGAUGCAAAAUAACGAAUGUGCUCGUACAUUAAAAAUAGGAAUAACUUAUUUUUUGAGAGCGAAGUGAAACAGUACAAUGACAAGAAACUAUUGUAAUCGCGAGCAUCGACGGUUUUAGGAAAAACUUUAGUGAUGGUGGGCUCGAUAGCGUAUGGCACACUUCGAUUGAAAAAAAUGUUGAGAUUUUAUCAGAGUCGAGAAUAAUAAACGAGAAGGGAAGAAACGACGUUUUGUCCUAAAGAGCCGAUUUCUUUUCGAAUCGUUCUCUCGAAAAUGAGAAAUGCGAAUCGGCACUCGGGUUUUUGCCACACGGAGAUCGUACCUGUCUAAGCUCCAUAAUGUUGUUUGUAUGGAAGAUAAUCCUAUGCCAAGAAAUAGAUAUUUAUAUGGAGAUUGUUUGCAGCGAUGGUUUUAUUCGGUCCUUCAGUUUUUCAGAUGACAUUGUUUCUCUUUGAAAAAAUGCCAUUUCGAGAAAAAACUUAUUGAGAAUUUUAAAUAACUUUCAAAUUUAGAUACAAAUUUUUGUUCACUAUUGCCACCAAGAGGACAAACGAUUCCUGGCAGUUUUUAUAUUGUAUUCUAAACGACGAUGUUAAUCGAAUCCUAAUAAAAAAUAUAUGCUGAA